UUGAUGCUCCUCCAGCCUCCACCUUCCUGUAUUGUUGUUGUCUGACAUUGUCCGAGCGGGACCGUCGCUACUACCGGGACAUUUCUACUAACCCACCGAGCAUGUCGUCGCUGCUGAAGCCGUUUUCGGUGCAUGAAGGACCGUGCGAGAGCCGCGGUGUGAGGAGAGGACGCCCGUGCUCAGCUCUCCAUCCGCAGCCGUCAUCGCAGCGUCUGGCCGCCGCGUCGGGGCUGCUCUCCCCGCCGGCCCACCAGCGCUCCUACGCGGCGAGGAGAAACCUGGCGGCCGCCGCAAUCGGUGGGAGGAAAAUCACGCAUCCUGGAAAGGCCAUCCUUGCAGGUGGGAUUGCAGGAGGAAUAGAGAUCUGUAUCACCUUCCCCACAGAGUAUGUCAAGACACAGCUACAGCUAGAUGAGAGAGCCAACCCGCCGAGAUACAGAGGAAUCGGUGACUGUGUGAAGUUGACUGUGCAAGAUCACGGGCUGAGAGGGUUGUAUCGAGGUCUCAGCUCCUUGCUCUAUGGAUCGAUACCCAAGUCUGCAGUGAGGUUUGGAACGUUUGAGAUGCUCAGCAACCCGAUGCGAGACGCCACAGGUCGGCUAGACAACACGCGCAGCCUCUUGUGUGGAUUGGGAGCAGGUAUAGCGGAGGCCAUCGUGGUCGUCUGCCCGAUGGAGACGCUUAAGGUGAAGAUGAUCCAUGACCAGUGUUCCCUCAGACCUCGAUACAGAGGCUUCUUUCACGGCGUCAGUGAGAUUAUCAGAGAACAGGGUGUGAGAGGGACGUAUCAAGGUCUGACAGCGACCGUGCUAAAACAAGGAACCAAUCAGGCCAUCCGGUUCUACGUGAUGAACUCGCUGCGCAAUUGGUACAAAGGUGACGACCCCAGACGAGACAUGCACCCGAUUGUCACGGCGAUGUUUGGAGCGACGGCGGGAGCUGCCAGUGUUUUUGGAAACACACCCCUGGAUGUGGUGAAGACCAGGAUGCAGGGUUUGGAGGCCCACCGCUACAAAAACACAGUCGAUUGUGCCUUUCAGAUCUUGAAGCAUGAAGGGCCACAGGCGUUCUACAAAGGAACAGUUCCCAGGCUUGGCCGCGUGUGCCUGGACGUGGCAAUAGUCUUUGUCAUCUACGAGGAGGUGGUCAAACUACUCAACAACGUGUGGAAGACGCAGUAGACCGGCCAGACGUCGGCAGAGGUCCAGAGGGAAGCAAAGACCAGUGCCUCAUGCUACGCACAACUGAACUUACUAGCUCUCUGCAAUGCCCUUAACAGACGACCCUUCUUCAUCAUGACCAGUUUACACUCCAUCGCAUAAAAUAAAUGCAGGACGUAUUCUAAAAACAGAGAUAACAGAAAGGGGAAGAGAGUAGCUGCUUAACAUUUUUGCAUUUCUCCACUCUCUCUCUCUCGUGGUCAGACUUAGGAAUCAAGAGAGAACAUUUUAUUUUGAAGAACAGGUUAAUGCAAAGUCAAACGAAGUAAUGAAUUUAUCAAACGUGUAGUAUCAGUUUCUUGAGUCUUAUUACCAGAAAAAUCAGUGUAUGUAGAGAAGAAACACACAUACUAUCAUUAACCAAAGGUUCACAUUAUAGGGGGGACUUUACUAGGUUAAAAAGAGAUAUUAACGUCUGUCUAAUGUUUUAGCUAUCUAUGACUGUUAUGGUACGUUGUGGAGUGAGAACUUUGUACUGAAACCAUACAUGUGUCUUUUUAUUCACUGAGUACUUACAAUACUAAGGGAAGAACAGAGAUGCUACUGGACACUGAAGCUGUCCUCUUUCUUAGUGUUCUCAUCGAGUUGUUGACUUAAUUGACAGAUUUGUAAGAUUAACAGAGGAGCGAAAAGAACCUCUGUUAAACUUUUGUUUUCCAGAGACGUGCUGGCAAGUUUAUGAGGAAAUAAGUCAUUCAGCAUGAAAAAAGCAUUAAAAACAACUAACGGACUAAAGAAAUCGGAGACCAAAACGACCAAUUAGUCGACUAAUCGUCCAAGAGGCGGCAGCCCUGCUGUACACAACCGAGCUCGCUGCAGUACUUUAAAAAUGUCUGUGCAGAUCUUCACACAUCUGUGUUAUAAUUGCUUACCCGAGACUGUGCUUGUGUUGUUUUCACACUUAAACAUCUGUGCUAUCUCUGCGCUGGGUCUUGGUGAUGAACUUCAGACACGGUUUACUGUGUAUCUCAUGGCCCUCUGCAAACAUCUGCUGCGCAUGGCUGCAUGGAUCCUGAUGUGGCAUCUGUCCUGUUACACGCUGACAGUCCCUCGCUGGGGUUGUCAAGGCAACACAAACUGCUCUGUGGUCAGUACCUCUCUUGUAGAUUGUUUCAUUGUGUUAUAACCUGAUGCGAGCAAACAUUGUGGGAAACAAAUCCAUAUGUAUCACGAUCUACACAUGCAGUCUUAAGAAGAGGAGAUGGGAGUCAAUAAUGGACGCUAGUGAGCUCAUUGUUACAUUUUCAACAUCAGACAGAGGUUCUCAGUAGGUGGUUGAGCUUUGUGGAGGCUUUAUUGUUGUUAUAUUUGGCCUGUUAUGCUUUGUUCAGAACCUCAGUCGUGUUGCUAUUUCCAGGCAAGGGCUGCUGCGCAUCCUGAAGUAUAAACCUGAAUUCACUUGUACUUAAGAUGAUAAAAUGUCCAACUGUAAGCCAUACGACUUCAGUGCACUUUAUUUGUGCUUAUUGAUUUACUCCUCCAAAAGACUGUCCUCUUUUAAAGGUAUUAUGCCACUUUAACAUAUUUUGUUUACCUCAAGCUAACCUGCUUCACAUGCCCUUUUGUUCGCUAACUGAUGAAAUAGUUAAUUAGCCAUGUUAGAAUGCACUUAUUCUUGUCUCAGUGUUUACAUAUAUUUAACGACAACAAGGGGACAGCAGAUGUGUCAGAGGCUGGAUCACAUAAGUGACUAGUACUGAUGCGAGGCUUGGUUUUGAUUGACAUGGCUGCACCACACAAGCCUUGCACAGAAGCCUUUUACUCAUCUUUGCCAAACAUUAUGUAGAAUUUCCAAUGUAAUAUCCCUGAUAGGAGCAAAUGUUUAUUACAUUUUAAACCAAGCGCACCCGUUUAUUAUUUUUUUCAUUAACUAGAGUACAUUUUUACCGUGUAGAAUCUUUUUUUUAAUGCUUUGCCGCUUUUCAUAAACCGGCCAAAACCGUGUGUGUACGUCAUGGUACAGCAUAUCAGAUUUGAUCGUUCACGUUUCAGAAGAUGCUGUUGGGCAGAGAGAAAGAUAUGUUGGUAAAAUAAUGUGGUUAAAAACAUCAAGUAUGAUUUACAAGAUCUGAUGUGGAAACCUCUA